UAUUUAAUAAAGAAAUUCACAACAAAAGUUUCUCAUUAUCAUGUCUGCACAGUGCUUAAAGCUAAUUUGUGAUGGAGAAUUCGAAAUUGUUAAGAUAACGGAAGAAUUGUACGAUGAAGCUGUGGAGCUCUUCAAAAAUUACUUUGUAAAAUACGAAAAUUUAAGUAUAGCUUGUAAUCUACGUGACACUGAAGAGACGCGUAGUGAAAUGGAAAAAUUUAUUAGACUUUUACUUAGGGAUAACAUAUCGUUUGCUGCCCGUCAUAUACCAAGUCAGCAAAUGGCCGCCAUGUGUAUCAAUAAAAUGACGAAUCCCUCGGCCAAUAUAAAGCCAGAUCAUAUUUUCGAAAUACUUGAGAGUCCGAAUAUGGAAAAAAUCGGUGAAAUUAUGCAUCACUUAGAAACAUCUUACGAUAUUUACAAAGAAUGGCAGGUGAAAUGCAUUAUUGAAUUGACUUUUCUUUCCACUCGCACCGAAUUCAGCCGUCGAGGCUUAGCGUUAAUUUUGGCCGAAUUCACCGUAGAUUACGGGCGUAAAUUGAAAGAAGAAGGUUCGAAAGAGUCCUUAGAACUUCCAGCUUAUCUUAAAGGUCAACAACCGGAAGCCAUAACCUCAGUCUUUACUUCGCAUUUCUCGCAAAGGGUCGGAGAGAAAUUAGGCUUCGUAACUUUAUUUCGCGAAGAGUAUUCAAAAUUUUCGUUUGAAGGUAAAACUUUUGCAGAGAAAAUUGAUCCACAGCAUAAGUAUAUAAUAUUUGCAGCGAAACAUUUAUGA